AUGGAGGAGGCGCCCGUGCCGCGCAACCCGCCGCCAAAACCCAAACGCUCCAACGUGCCGUCUGCACCGGCAGACUACCCCGAUGACUCGUACUCGGACCAGGAUUACAACAUGUCGCCCAUUCGACGGGGUCGUCAACAUGCCAACCGACAAAGUGGAUCCCCACCAAUGACCCCACCGUACACGGUACCGCGUCAAGCCAAGGUGCCCAUUAUCGACGCCGAACCGGAGACCACCAUCGGUGCAGCCGUCAAGAUGAAAGGUGAGCUGAGUUUCGAACGACUGCUGCGAAUCGAAGGCGAGUUCGAGGGCAAACUGAACUCGAAAGGUUCCCUUGUUAUCGGUACCCGUGGGGCUCUCAUUGGCAACGUUGACAACAUGAAGGAGGUGUAUAUCACUGGCGGAAGAAUCGUGGGUAAUGUCAAUGUGGAGAAGCUGGUGCUACGAGAUAAGGCCCAGAUAUUUGGGAACAUCACCGCCAAGACGGUCAAGAUUGAGCCAGAGUGUAUUGUUGUUGGACGGAUCAACGUGAACCCACAGGCACCCGAGCGGAUCAACGAAAAGGGCGAGAUCGUCAAGGAUGACGCACCCGAUGGCACGCCUUCAAGCUAA